CUGUCCUCACAUGAACUUGAUAAGCAAUUUUUUUCAGCAUUUGACAUGGAAAAUAUGACCUCUACUGGCGUCUCUGAAAAUAUAACCGAUCCUGAGGUAUCGUCUGCAAAAAGUUUUCCAUUUUAUGCUGCCCAAAGUGGUUACGAUUUACCGGUGUAUGGUCUUAAGAAUGGACAAUUUUACUCCAUACACAUUCCUGCAAUCACCUGUAUUGUCCUUAGCUUUGUUUCUGCUGUAGCCAUCAUAAUUGCAUCCUUUAGACUACAGAACAUCAAGACAUUCUUUUCAUGGACAAAGAGUGAACGGUUUGUUGUCUAUUUGGCUCUGUGUGACGGACUUUUCAACUUUGCCCAUAGUAUGGACCACACUCACAUUGUUCUGACCAGAAACCAUGUGUACCCUAAGGAACUAUGCGAGUUUUACGGCUUUAUGUUGGCUGAGUUUAUCACUGCUCAGAAUCUUAUGGUGAAUGUUGUUGCUCUGAAUGUUUUCGUUUUAAUAUAUUUCACGAAAGACUUGAAUUUUGGCGCAUAUGACUGGCGACUUCUAUUGUACACCUUUGGUCUUCCAUGCGUCGGAGGAACAAUGGCUGCUUACUUCGAUAUGCUAGGACCUAAUGGUACUUUUUGCUAUUUUGACGGAGUUAAGGGAGAAGUUGCCAACCUGUUCUUCACCACUGUACCACUCUUAACCGUCCUUUUCAUGAAUAUAAUCGUUUACGGCCUGACAUGGAAGCGGAUCAGAAGCGAGUCUAAGCGUCUUCAGCACACCCUGGGACAGGAGGCCGCCACUAUCAGGGCCUCUCUUCAGGCAGCGAAGACCAUGUCGUUAUUUGUCACAGCUUUCUUCGCCCAAUGGUGGGCCAUGGCUCUGUACGGAAUCUGGCAGAUGAUCGCACCUGUUCCCCAGACUCUGUUUCAGUUUGUGACUACGUUUUCCAACAUUGGCGGUAUCCUUAACGGUAUCGUCUACAUCCUCAUCAGACGACGAAGAACCAAACCCAAGUCCAAGAGAGCAGCGAAUGUGGACAAACCAUUUCAGAAUAUCAAUUCCGUUAGCGAUAAAGUUGAAAAUUCAAGUGUUUGAAUCUGCAUGUGCGUGAUGUAUGUGUUGAUUUAGAGAUGUUAAUAGAGCCUAGAGGUAGCUGAAUUUCUUCGUGUGACGCUCAAUUUGAUUGAAAAAAAAUCAAUCUAGAAUUCACAUGCUACUGAUUAAACACUUCUUAACACGAACUUGAAUGAUUCUGCUAAUCUAAAUCGAAUAACAGUUUGAUAAAUGAUGUGUAAAACAUUCUUAACAGAGAUUAGAGUAUGUAAAGUCUUUAGAGGUAUUUAAAUAUUCUAGUUCAUGUAUUUGUUCCUUAUACAGCUGUUAAAACAAAAUUGAUAGUAAUCUUUGGUUUCAUACGGCGAAAUUCUCAAUCGCUUUUCAAAUUUAUCUUUAAUAAACGUUAUAGCUAAAAAUUAU